AUGGUAGUGGGAAGGAAUACUCCAAUGCCUAGCUUCCAUCUGGACCCCCGAGUCUUUAUUAUGUGUAUUGGAGUUUUGAUCAGAGCCCUCUGCUCCUGCUGCCCUGCCCCCUGUGAGUGUCCCACUGGUGACAAUUCCACCCUUUGUCGGCGCCGUUUCCUGAAUAUGGUUCCCUCAAACAUUCCAAUAUUUUCUCAAAAGCUAGACCUUAGUCACAACUACAUCAGAACAGUGCCAUCCAAUGUCUUCACAUACCUCAAGUAUCUCCAAGAACUGGACUUAAGUUACAAUCAACUUUCUAGGGUGGAACCAGGACUUUUCAGCAGUUUGCCUGCACUGAGACUCCUGCUUCUCCACCAUAAUGAGCUCAAACUGUUGCCUCCUGGGAUCUUCUUGGGGAUGCCAGCACUGUCAUGGUUAGAUGUCAGGGGAAACCAGUUGGUCAUCUUGCUAGACCAAACUUUUCAGGGUCUUAGGGAACUGAAGCACCUGGAGACUGGUGAAAACCCCCUGCUCUUCAUAUCUCCUGGUGCUUUUUUGGAAUUGCCUCAGCUGCAAAGAUUGGGUUUGGAGGAAACCAAACUCAAUACUGUCCCCUCAAGUUCCCUCACCGCACUACUGCGGCUUUCCGAACUGCGUUUGGGUGGAAUCAGCAACAGCAUUCUUCGAGACCUUUCCUUCCCCAAUUUGCCAUUGCUGCGAGUGCUAGAAAUGGACUGCUGGCCGUCUUUAGUGUUUCUGGAGCCUCACAGUCUGUCUGGUUUAAAUCUUAGCUCCUUUUCUGUAACCCAUGGAAAUCUUACCACAAUCCCACAGGAAGCCCUAAAAGCCCAGGUUUACCUCCGGACGCUGGACCUUUCCUACAACCCAAUCUCUGAGCUCCCAGUCAGAGGUUUGAGCACACUGAGAAGGCUGGAGGAACUGAGGUUGAGCAGUGGGAGGCUGCGUUAUGUACCUUCUGCAGCCUUCUAUGGCCUGGGACACCUCCGCAUGCUUGAUCUUUCAGACAAUCCACUCACUUGGCUUGCAGAGGAUGCCCUGCCUUCUCCUCUAGGAGGCCUGGAGACUCUUCUCCUCUCUAAUACCAUGCUGUCCUGUGAUUGCAGGCUCUGUUGGCUUCUCCAUCGUAGACUUAGUUUUGGGGGGAAAUCCCCCAUAUGUGCAGCUCCAGACUCACUAAAAGGAAUGGUGAUCCCUGACGAUCCCGAUAAACUUUGCCCAGACUUAUUUACAUGCGAGCCCCCAAGGAUAGUAAAUCCUGGACCACGCGAGUUAAAGGUCAGAGAAGGAGAUAUACUAAACAUCUCCUGCAACAGUUUGGGAGUCCCUAAACCUUCUAUCCAAUGGGUGCUACCACAAUUUGAGGACAUCAGGACAACAGAAAUAGUAAGUGCAUGUCCAACUACCAGGCUGCCUUAUAACAUAUCAGCACAAACAGUCUUUCCAACCAGAGAUGCUCAGGAGAUACCUGACCAGACAGUACAGGUACCAACUCCUGCAAUGCCAGCUGCCAAGAGGGUCACCAUUCUCCCAGAUGACACUCUUCAGUUUCAUCCUGUAAAAACAGAGGAUGAAGGGGCUUAUCUUUGUGUGGCCAGCAACGUGGUUGGAAAUGACUCAACCUGGGUGCAUCUGAAAGUCAUGCCUUUUAAUGGCAGCAAUGUGCCCUCUUCAGUGGCCAUACUGAAUGGUCACCUCCUAGUGGUCAUAACAGCUGGUGGCAUUCUGCCCUUCAUCAGCUCCGUGACCCUGUGCUUCAUCUUCAUGUUCCUUUGGAGCCGGGGAAGGGGGAACAUCAAACACAGAGCUCACAUAGAAUAUGUGCCACGGGGGAACCGAGGAUCAAUAGACACAGAGGAAAACAAAUUCACAAUGAAACUGCUCUAAGGACUGGCCAGUUUGUCGGUGAGGACAUCUUGAACUUCAAUAGAUAAAGUGAGAAGUAAGCCGCCAGUGCAUCCUUUGUAUACACUUCAUAUAAGCUGGGGUUGCCACCAAUCUAUGGCUGAAGGUUAAAUAGGAACAUCACCAUCCAAUAAAGUAUUAUAAGUUAUUGAUGAGAAAUAUAUAAGCUUUGAACCGACGGGUCUUCUUCUGCCUGUCCACAGUUUCAAAUUGGAACUGCUCUCUGGUUACUUUGUUACUUAGUUCAGACCGGCAUGGACCUUGAUGUGAUAUGAUAUUAGUAUUACUAUUAGAAUUACAAAAAGCACUUCACAUUGGGUCUAGCACUUCUCCUAUUCAUUUGUCACUGACUCGUUGCUAGAGUAAGGCAAACCAUAGCAACCAGAUCUGGAGUUCGGCAGAAGAAAUCAACAAAUAUA